GGCGGUUGUCAGCCAGACAAAGACAGUCAGUCUGAUGUGAUUGAGACAAGGGUGGUUUUCAGGGGGAGACUGGGAGAUAGGGGCCUCCCCUCCCCCUUCUCCUCUUCCUGCGCCGGCCUCAACCCCUCCCCAGUCCCCUCCCGACUGGCGCCCCACGCGGAAGACACCCCUCCCCCUCCCGCUUUCCCCUCCUCCCUGCCUCAGCCCUUCGUACUGGGACGUUGGGGAGGGGGCUGUGCCGGGCGGAGAGAACUCAGCAAGGAUUCUGAGAAUGGUUAAUAACGCUGAUCAUCUCUAGGAAGGAUAUUGAUUCACCUCAUGUAAAGUAUGCUCAGUUCCUUUCCAGUGGUUUUGCUGGAAACCAUGUCUCACUAUACAGAUGAACCCAGAUUUACCAUAGAGCAGAUAGAUCUGCUUCAACGCCUUCGGCGUACUGGAAUGACUAAGCAUGAAAUUCUCCAUGCCUUGGAAACUUUGGACCGUCUUGAUCAAGAGCAUAGUGACAAGUUUGGAAGAAGGUCCAGCUAUGGAGGAAGUUCUUAUGGGAAUAGUACCAACAAUGUUCCAGCAUCUUCCUCCACAGCUACAGCUUCCACACAGACCCAGCAUUCUGGAAUGUCCCCAUCUCCUAGCAACAGUUAUGAUACCUCCCCACAGCCUUGCACUACCAAUCAAAAUGGGAGGGAGAAUAACGAGCGGUUAUCCACAUCCAAUGGAAAGAUGUCACCCACUCGAUACCAUGCAAACAGCAUGGGUCAGAGGUCAUACAGUUUUGAAGCCUCAGAAGAGGACCUAGAUGUAGAUGAUAAAGUGGAGGAAUUAAUGAGGAGGGACAGCAGUGUGAUAAAAGAGGAAAUCAAAGCCUUUCUUGCCAAUCGGAGGAUUUCCCAAGCAGUUGUUGCACAGGUUACAGGUAUCAGUCAGAGCCGGAUCUCUCACUGGCUGUUACAGCAGGGGUCAGACCUGAGUGAACAGAAGAAAAGAGCAUUUUACCGAUGGUACCAACUUGAGAAGACAAACCCUGGGGCUACACUAAGUAUGAGACCAGCCCCCAUUCCAAUAGAGGACCCAGAGUGGAGACAAACACCUCCCCCAGUCUCUGCCACAUCUGGCACCUUCCGACUACGACGAGGGAGUCGAUUUACCUGGAGAAAGGAGUGCCUGGCUGUAAUGGAAAGUUACUUCAAUGAGAAUCAAUAUCCAGAUGAAGCUAAGAGAGAAGAAAUUGCCAACGCUUGCAACGCCGUCAUACAGAAGCCAGGCAAAAAACUGUCUGAUCUGGAACGAGUUACCUCCCUGAAAGUAUAUAAUUGGUUUGCCAACAGACGGAAGGAGAUCAAGAGGAGAGCCAAUAUUGAAGCAGCAAUCCUGGAGAGUCAUGGGAUAGAUGUACAGAGUCCAGGAGGCCAUUCCAACAGUGAUGAUGUUGACGGGAAUGACUACUCAGAGCAGGAUACUUGGCAAGUACGCAAUGGGGAGGAGGAGGAGGGAAGAAGUUCAGAGGGAGGCAGAGAAGCAGAGAAGGAUGACAGCACUAGCCAUAGUGACCACCAAGACCCCAUCUCAUUAGCUGUGGAAAUGGCAGCAGUGAACCACACUAUCUUGGCAUUGGCCCGACAAGGAGCCAACGAAAUCAAGACAGAGGCCCUGGAUGACGACUGAUCAGGGAGGGUUGAACAGGAGAAGUUAACUUAGUUUAGACGUAGCACCUUAGCAGACUUUCCUCGGUCCUUAACAUGUGUUCUUACAGUAUAACUUGCAGUUUCUUGUAUGUCAGUUAGCCGUUAGGGUCUUGUUCUGUGAAGAUGGCAUGGUGCCCUCAGCCUUUGCAUAUACUCUCUCAGUAUUAAUUCCCAGUAAAUUAUAACCAACCAACCAACCAAACUUCCCUCUCCCAGCCCCUGAGGCUAGAAAACCUUGCUGCUCUGUCUUAGCAUUCCAAGAAAGUGCUUCCAGGUAUUUAGAUAGCCCUCGGUUCUCCACUAUUAGGCUACGUGUAAGACCUUGGGUACCUUUAGAUUUCUGUAACACUAGUCUGUACCCUUUUCCUUCCCCAAGACUGAUAGGAUGCAAGCUGAGGUUGUGUGGCCCAGGAUUGACAGACACCAUUUGGGGAGUAUCCGCAGAGUAAAAGGAACACUAGAAUUCCCACUCAUCGUGGGAAUCACUGAUUUCCAGCUGCAAUAAGCCGUGCCUCAUAAUAGUCACACUGUGGCUAGAUUAUACUUCUUUGGGUGCUGUGCUAAGAAUGUCCAUGGAAAAACUUGAUCUCAAAUUUUGGUUGAUGUUAACAUGCCUGACACAGACAUCCUUUCCUCUCACAAGCUGUGUGACUUAGUAGUUAAAAUACUGCCUUCUGCCUUUGGGACCAUGAUUCAGACAAACAAAAAGAUAAAAAACAAAAGUCAUUAAAAAAAAAAAACCCAGCUUGAGAGCAUUGGAAAAAAACAUGAGCUGAAUGUCUAAUGGAUGUUAAGUCCAGUUCUCAGAACCACUGUACGUUGCGUGGCACAGGUGUGUGCCUGCCUGGAAGAGUGCUGGAGGCCAUCAUGGACGCUGCUCUGCCUCCUGUCUGUGUCCCCUUUCCCUGCUACCAAAAAAAGUCUUUCAAGGAUGGAGCUAAGGUCACAAAUGAGUGAAUGAACUUCCAGUCUUUGUAUCCAUUAACUGAAGCCCCCUCAAUACGAGAGGUUGAUAGAGGACUUUAGAGCGGUUUUAUGCUGGCUAUCACAAAUGCAAAUACUUUCCUAAAUAGGAGCAGAAAAAAGCAGGGGACAGUUGCCACUUACGCGGUGGGUCUUCGAGAUACAACGUGAUGUGACUGCUUUGGUGUUCUCUUUACUCUGUCCUUGUAGAGGUGUGAAAAGCUAUAUUGCUACAGGCAAUUUAUUUAAUAAUUGGAAGCCAUAUUGAUAAUGGAUGUGGUAAUAUUUGUAAAGUUUAAUCUACUUUAAGCGGCAGUAACUAAUGGAAUUUUUUUCCUUGAUCACAUAUGUAGCACUUUUGUUACUUUUUAAAGAUAUUUAUAUUUGAUAAAUCUUUUUUUCAUUUUGAGAACUCAAAAUACCAAACAGUGAACUUGCGUUAUAAAGUCACCCUGUGAUCACCUUGUCAUAUAGUAGCAAAAUGAUGAACUAUUCAUGCAUCAAAGAAAAUUACAUCUGCUGGCCUUGUAUGAAAAUGAUCUCUUGGCAUCCCGAUUAAAUGACACACUGUCACUGUGGGGAAGAGGAGACCGCCUUCGAUGUAGCGGCUUAGGGUGCGUCUGAAGGAGGCAUGCCUGCUGUAUAUUUUCUGCCUCAUUCCAUCUCCUUUCUGCACACGUUAAAGCCUUGUUUAAAGGGGGAUGUGGGGCUGGCUGUUAACCAGGAUUUCUGUCUUGUCGUCCAUUACCUGAGAACGAUUUCUAAGGUGGAAGAAAGGUGCCAUUUCCUUACCUCUUCACCUCUCCUCCCCUAUCGGCCUAAAACCAUUGAGAGAGAAACUGACUGACCUUCUUUGUUUUUCCCUUCCUCAUUAGUGAAAUAGUAAAUAUCCACCAGUUUUUAGCUGGUCUGUCUCCAUUUAAGGCACAUGCUGAACAAGGUCUUCUCCAUAUCCGUUCAUUCUGCUUGGGCCGGUGUGCGGAAGCCUUCGAGAGGGCAUGAAGAUGCCACCUUAUAUGGGUCUGUGACUUUAAGGAGCUUUGGGCAGGGACCGGGCCUGCUCUUGGUUGUGGAUUUCAGGCAGAAAAUGUAUAUGCUUCUUCCAAGAACUGAAGUAAAAUGGGGUAGUCUUUUCUGUUUUACCGUAUUACUUGAACCAACAAAUUGAAGAGUAGCAUUUGUUAUUCUCAGGAAUGAUCCCUCUGCUCAUUUUCUUUCUUGGUGUGUUUGAUACUUUAUUUUA